UUCCGCUUCCUACGUGUUGCUACGGCAACUCAAAACAGCAAUACAUCUAAACCCAGUUGCGUCCAUAAACGGUGCUUGAAAACCUGGAUUAGAAUUAGUUUUUUGUUUUGUUGGCUCCAGCGACGACACAUUUUAGGAAAUAGGCUUUAAAUUAAGGAGUUUUCUUUAUUCUUUUUGGCAAAAAUGAGUCAGCGACUGAUAAUUCAAGUUUUUGAGCAGUACCAGAAGUCCAGGUUGCACUUUGUGCAAACCGUUGCUGAUUUGGCGACUAGGCCACAAAACUCCGAAAUCCUUCAUAAUGCAGGAGUGAUGCCCAUGCUCCGGUCCCUGCUGCUGGACACGGUCCCGAGCAUCCAGCAUAAGGCGGCUUUGGCUCUGGGUAACCUGGCCGACCAAAGCGAUAAUCUGGCAGAAGCUUUGGUGAAAGAAGACAUCCUACCCCAGCUGGUCCAGUCUAUGACCUCGCAGAACAGGUUUUAUAAAAAGGCAGCAGCGUUUGUUCUGCGCUCGGUGGCCAAACACUCUCCUGACCUGGCCCAGGCAGUAGUGAACUGCGGGGGGGUCGACGCUCUGGUCCUCUGCCUGGAGGAGUUUGACCCCGGGGUGAAGGAGGCCGCCGCCUGGGGUCUGGGCUGCAUCGCACGACACAAUGCAUCUCUGUCCCAGGCAGUUUUGGAAGCAGGAGCGGCCCCCCUGCUGGUGUUGUGUCUCGUGGAGCCCGAGAUGGCCCUCAAACGCGUCGUGGCCUCCACACUCAGCGACAUCUGCAAACACACGCCAGAGUUGGCCCAGACCGUGGUGGACAACGGCGCCAUUGCACACCUGACACAGAUGAUCCUCAGCCGAGACGCCAAGCUCAAGAGGCAGGUGUUCUCCGCCCUCAGCCAAAUCAGCAAACACUCCAUCGGCCUGGCCGAGAUGGUGGUCGAGGCCGAGGUCUUCCCCGCCGCCUUCGUCUCCCUCAACGAUCCGGAUGAUUACGUCAGGAAGAACGUUGCGAUCCUGAUGAGGGAGGUGGCGAAACACACGCCAGAGCUCUCCCAGCUGAUUGUGAACUGCGGUGGGCUGUCAAAGAUUGUCGACUACCUGGGAGAGACCCGUGGACCGCUGCGGCUCCCAGGCAUCAUGAUGCUGGGAUACGUGGCGGCUCACAAUGAAAGCCUCGCCAUGGCCGUCAUUCUCUGUAAGGGGGUGCCUCAGCUGGCCCUGUGCCUCUCAGAGGAGCAUGAGCAGCACAUGAAGUCGGCCACAGUGUGGUCAUUAGAUCAGAUAGGUCAUCACACCACUGAGCAUGCCAAGGUGGUGGCCACAGCAAACCUGCUGCCCAAGCUGCUGGCGCUCUACAUGGACGCCAGCAGCUCAGAGGACCUGCAGGCCAAGAGUAAAAAGGCGCUGAAGAACAUCCUACAGAAGUGCACCCUAGUCUCGGCUCUGGAGCCGCUGCUCUACGACGCUCCCAGCAACAUCCUCAAACACGUCGUCUGCCAGUUCAGCAAGGUGCUUCCCCAUGACAGCAAGGCCCGUCGUUUGUUUGUGACCAGCGGCGGACUGAAGAAAAUCCAAGAGAUUGACGCAGAGCCGGGCUCCGUUCUGCAGGAAUACAUCAACGCCAUCAACAGCUGUUUCCCUGAGGAGAUAGUCAGGUACUACUCACCAGGCUACUCUGAGAGCCUGUUGCAGCGGUUAGAGGGCUACCAGCCGGAAGAUUCACUUCACACUCCUCCUGCUCCUCCAUCUGAAGGACAAUAAACAUUUUUUUUGCGUUACAUA